AAUUAGUUAUCUGCAAGCAGCAGCAAUACACUUUCAGUUUAUUUUCUGUCUUGAUUUUGAAUGUCACUUUGCAUGCAUUGGAACAAAUCUGCACAUCGGGGGAUGUAAACAGAGAUACCAACCGUCAAAAUUCAGAGAGCAAUAUCGACCUUGAAGACAUGGACCAAACUUUUCAUGGCAAUGUUUCCGAAGUUGAGGACUCUAAUAUUGAUUUAACUGAAACAGAAGCAUCAGAUGGAAUGUUGAUUGAUGGUAUUAGAAAUAUGCUGCAAAAGAGUGAUGUGAGGAAACAGGAGAGGAGGAAUGUUUUGAAGAAGCAAAGCAGAAAGAGGUCAAGGACUCAGAUGGGAGCAGCCCAACAAUGUUUGAAUAAAGGAAGAGCAAGUGCGUAUAGCAGGUUUAGCAUUGGGUAUUUCGCCAAGAUAGUUGAUAGUGUUUGCAAAAGCAAUUACAGAAUGGAGCUUGUGAGGAACGCUGGAUUCGGAUACAUGCUUGAAGUUGAUGACUGUCAUGUCCCUAGGCCAUUCGCUCAGUGGAUCGCCGACAAUGUCAGCACGACAGAUGAAGCAAUUGUGCUCAGAGGCAAAUAUAUUCCUCUCAAUGCUGAAGCGGUAUCUUUGGUGCUUGGAAUACCAAUAGGGAGUACCCCAAUCAGCACACUCGACGAGGAGAUUGGCAAAACAGAGUUUCUCUCCUUGUUUGGACUAACAGAAGUGCCUUCAAUAAGUUUCUUCGGCAACAAGUUAUUGACUGAAGAAUUAUCAAAUGAAGAAUAUAUUCGGUGCUUCUUGACAGUUGCCCUUGCAACAUUUCUGUGCCCUACAUCCAACACCAAACCUAGCACAAAGUAUAUGGGAGCUCUAGUGGAUGUAUCAAAUCUCAGAAACCUCAACCGGUGCAGCUUUGUGCAUGAUUGGGGCAUGUGUUAUGUAAAGAAGUAUCAGAAAGAUAAGAAAAAGGAGAAAUGGAUAACAACAACAUUGGGUGGCUGCAUAUACCACCUGGCAGUUUGUUGUCUAGACUUCAACAAUUUUGGAGCUAUAUCCAUACCCACAGUAAUGCCAAGGAUUUGCUUCUGGAAAGGUCAAACUGUGAAACACUUCAGCGACAUGCUUAUUGGCAAAGAUGGACUAUACGAAGCUCUGGAAAUAAAACAUGAGGUGGAAACAUGCUACGCAGAGAAAGAUGCUGCAUGGGCCAGUACUGCAAAAAAUUCAAACAUAAGAAAAGCUAUUGAAAGGGUUUUAGGGAACUCUUUUCCAGAUAAUGUCAAGGAAGAUAUUUUUCUUAAUUUCCAGGAGCGCAUGAAGGAUGAGAACUUGAGAACAUGUUUGAUAGCAAAGCAAGUGUUGCUUGAUACACUGCACAUCAUCUCCUCUUCAUUGAGUGGCUCAGAAGAAACUAUCAAGUUGUCAAGCCAGAAUAUGCACAUGCAAACCAACGAAGGAAUUUUAUCUGGUAGCACUGUCCGACUUGAUUCUAAUGGGACCGAAAUAAAUAGUGAUCAUAGUCAGACAAAGAAGAGAACAAAAAGAACAUCACAGGAGUCCACAACCUCAGUAGUUCAGAAAGCAGUGGUCCAAGACAAAAUCAAGGAAAUUUUCCAUGGAGUUGAGAAUGGAGAAGGAUUUUCAACACCGAUAGCACUGUCAAAUCAUGUCGAACGCAAUAAAGUUGUUGAGCCAGCUGCAGAGAUAUCAACUAUUGAAAUUGUUGGAACACCCAUCCACAAUCCAGAGGUGAAAACAACGCAAGCAAAGAUACAUGAACCCACUCAGGAACAAGAUAUUAGUGAAAACAAUGGACCAGAAAAGAGUUCGAGCCUGAGUUACAUGUUAGCAGCUAAUCUUGCAAGUGUAUUGGAUACUACAGCCCGAGACAUCCAUUCAAGGCAGGAAUACAAUGAACACGUAGCACCAUCUUUCUCAGGUUUUCAAGAUAAUGUUUUUCAUACAGAGCAAACUCUUCACAAUACUUCUACAGAUCAUCUUGAGGGCAAGCAAGGGAACACACCUACAUUGGGUCAGGAAGAAGGAAACAUCCACAAAGGUAGAGACCACAAGGAGGAGGAGAAGGAACUGGACAUAGAUAUAAACUUACCACCAACAAAUAAUAACCCGGGAAUGCCCGAUUUAAAAGGGAAAAGUCCACAGGACUUUUUGCAUCCCUUGGACAUCACAAGGAGGAAAUACUUCUUUGAGGAUGAUAGCAUACCAACGUGUAGGAUUCUUGAAGAUGUUGAUGACUGCGGGAAUGAAAUAUUAGAGCCAGACUUGUGGUUACCAAUAUGGAUGGAUACCAAAACAUACAAUGCCAAGAUCGAGGUUUUGUUUUCUUUUGUCCAUUCUCAAAUCAUUUUUUUCAUUGUUAGUUUUUUUAUUUAG